AUGGCGCUGCUUCCAGAUGACGAAACGCGAGUGGUGCUCCUUCCGUUUCCGGGAGAAGAUGCUUUGGCGUCGGACUACAUCAACGCGAACUACGUGGACGGGUACGCGCGCGCCAAGGAGUUCAUCGCGGCGCAGGCGCCGACGGCGGCGACGGCGGCGGACUGGUGGCGGCUGGUGUGGCAGGAGCGCGUGCGCGUGGUGGUGGCGCUGUGCGCGCUGCGCGAGGCCGGGCUGGAGAAGUGCUUCCAGUACUGGCCGUCGGCGGGCGGCGCCGCGGCGCACGGGCCCGUGGCCGUGACGUGCGCGCGCGAGGACGCCUUCCCGGACUUCGUGGUGCGCGAGCUGCGCGCCGCGCGCGGCGACCAGACGCGGCAGGUGAGCGCCCACGCCACGCCCCCUCCCCUAUAG